AACCUGUUGGUGUCUGGGUGGCUGUUAGACCCGGAUCAGCGCUAUGACAAAGAAGAAUCUAUGUUUCACCUUCACUCACUGGUUUCAACAAUGAGUUCUUUAUCAGGAGGCUUACCGAGUGAGAUGUCUUCAUCGCAGUUACGUGACAACGAUAUUUCACCUUGGUGGGACAAUGUACGUCAAACUCUGGCCCAGUCUACCUCGACAAGCAGGGCACUUUUUCUUGCUGCAGUUUGCCGAUCUGUGGCCUUGGAAAUCAGUACAGCAUCAAAGAAAGUUGAGGACGAAGGGGACGCGGCUGACAGGGAGGAACUGGCCGCUGGAGACUGGAUUUCAGUGUCAGUUGAGAUGGAACGCUGGAACUUACUUAUCUGUCAGCUGACCGAUUUGCAAGCUCUGGCAGGCUUCAUCAAACGAUUGACGGUUAACAGUCAGAAAAGCAAGCAAGCUGUUGAUAACAGUGGGUCGUCUAAUCUUUCAGUGGUCGAGUUCUUGAGUAGCGGCCCUGACGCAGCUUCGAAAAUGAUAUCGAAGUACAUCGUACAAUGUGACAUCCCUGCAAAUCAUCUGGGAACUCCCCAUGUACCAAGGAAGACGGAGACUGAAAAUCUGAGCGAGACUGGAGACGAUGACCUGCCUGACGUAGACCCUGAAACUGUAAUCCAAGUCGAACUCGAAGGUCUUAGUGAGUUGCGUCUGAGGUUUCCGCAUGGUCUAGAGCAAGAUGUACUGUGGGCUCAUUGUGUUAUGGAGUGUGUCACUUACUGGCACAGCAACAAAGAGGAAACCAACAAGUUAUUAUUAGCUCUGGAGCAUUUGAAAUGUAUUCACGUUCCUGCGUUGCAACAUGGCUUGGCAGUCACGACAUGGAAGAGAUUCUUCAAAGAUAAGAUAUCCGCCACCGUUAUCCUAAUGCAGAAGGUUGGAAAAGCACCCAAAGAUCGACUGUGUCGAAAGACAGUGGAUUUAAGUUUUGGUGCGUUGGUGCAGUUCCUUAAGGCCACUGUACUUCUCUUGGAUGUAAUAGCUGAGGUGGAUUGGAUGGAAUCUCAACUAAUAACUUUGGAAACAGAAGAUUUCUGGCACACUGGUGAAACGGGUACAGAGUCCCUUAUUGAAGAGGCACAGGAGAAGCCAAAGAGUGAGGGACCACUGGUCCAGCUCCAUGCCAAGCUGGUCACUGUUUUGUGGAUUGUAAUGGGACUGGACAUGAAGAGCGUUAAACCGCUGACCCUCUUCGAUACAAAGAGCAAGGACUCUUUUAUGAGGGAUCUCAGCUCUAAUCGUCCUCUAUCGUCUAAUGAUGUCGACAAAGCCAUCGUUGAGACAAGAGAAAAGUUCUUCACUCGAGCCCUGUCCUUCACGGUGAGCGCUAUGUUGGCCCAGUCUCCCAACCCAGUACUCAGGCGAGAGAAUAGUGAUACUGACAACAAGGGAACGGUACCCGAAACAGCUACCUGUGAUUGGCCGGCCGUGAUCUACAAGCUUGUAGAGCAGUUUGGGAUGGACAGUGAUCCAUUUAAGCGACAUUAUGUGCGGGAAUUGUACUCCGCUGGUUUUGACGAGAUUGCAAAACAGACCAUGUUCUCAGUUCACGACCAGCGGGCCUUGGCCUGUCACCUUUUAAGAGUUGUGGGACAGCGACUAGCAUACAUGAUCUUAGAUGCGUCAGAGUCAGCUGAACGCGCUAAUCGAUUGUCUCGUCUACCAACUCAGAUAAGCAGCUGGAUCAGAUCACAAGAUCCUUCAAGGUUAUCCCGUCGUAUGGUUCCCCUGUCACACACUGUGGACCUUCUGCGUGUGGUGCUCAGUCUGACACCGGAAGAUUCCCCCGAUUACUCACUCACUUCCGGUCUAACCGAAACGAUCAAAUUCCUCCUUUAACCCUUAAUAUAUACCUUAACAUCAGUAUGCAUAUUCUCCAUACUGUUCUCUUUACAUUUCCCAAGGUGCUGGCAAGGAGAAUUUGUUUAACAAUCAAGAGGUACUUUUUUGGUGAUCAUUUCCUCUAGUAAUGCAGUUAGGAGAAUUAACAAGUCAGUCACUCCUAGGGGUCAAGGGUUAAAAGAGUAAAAAGGGUCUCAAUGGUUACUUCACUGACCAGUGAGCGGUCAAACGUGCCCUGUGAGCUGUCAUUCAAAUUAACCUCAAGAAAAACGAAUAACGAUUAAUUUUUACUCCACUGAUUUAAGAUUUGUUCCUAAGACCAGGAAAGCUAAUUUAUGGACGCGAAAGAUCAACGGCCUUGAUUAGGCUCGAUUACCAGCCGCUCUUCGGGGAUAUGAGCUUGCGCCCUUUUCCCGAACCCAUAGUCUCCUCGGGGAGGAGCGAAGACUGGGCACGAGAGAGAGCAGCGAAAAUCGAGCCUACGGCCCCCCGUGGAUCCAUCAUACAUUUUAUUCAGUUGCAAGAUGAUCCUCCUCAAGAGUGACAAAUGCGUUCAAAUUUCUCGAUUUUCUGACAAGUAGUUUUUAAAAUUAUGAAAUUCCUAUACAUCUAGUUCAUAACUUAGUGGCCGACGAACUUAGGUAGACAACCAAUUUUAAAAAGCAUAGUUUAUUAGAAAAGAAUUUUUUUCAGCGAAGUAGGAGAAAAUUAUGAGAAAAUGCCUGAAGAUGCAAACGCAAAAGAAUUAUAGAAGUGUGCGAGCGUAAAAGCGGUUAGGAAGGGUUUCUGCCGAAAGAAAAUGAAUUCGAUUUAGAACAAAAUGAAAUUGAAAGGCAGCUCGGAAUAGUGCAUAGUGAAAAUGAAAGAAGACGAACUUCCAUCUUUUGAAUUAUCUUGAAUAGUAGCGCUUUUAUAUUUAUAUUUGCGCAAUCAGACUUUGGCCUUUGGAUGGAGAUCUAUUUUGCCUAGAGGCCAACUGUCUUACAGGUGAUAAGCCUUUAGGGCCGGGAAAGAAGUUCAACUCUACUUUUUCUAUUUAAGGAGUAAAUUUAAAGAACUUAGGCUAAAGACUGCCCUGAGACACUUUGAUAUCAUUGGGCAGGCCAGUCAGUUGUAGCGCCUCUGGGUGCAAUUACAGUUGUAGUCCCCAGGCCCCUCAGGCACUUAGCCUCCAUUUGCGACGUGGGCGUUAAUAUCACUCAGGGUGAGGCGUUCUCUAGGAGCCUUCCAAUAUCCAUAGUUUAAAUAGUAAAUUUACAUGUAAGUGGAAGAAAGUGCCAAGUGUAGGUUAUAGUAAAAUGUUUAUGGUCAUAAGUCCCUUUGAAGGUUGAAGUUUACUAAACAAUGUUUCUGUUAGA